AUGAGUGAGUGGUACAGAAUGAAGAAUGGUUUUAAUAACAAGCAUAAUUCAUCGGAAUUAUCAGUGGAAACUUCUUGUGAGAUGUCAGAGUCAUUCAACAUAUUUUCGGACAAUUUGAGCCCCAUACCGGGUUCAAUAGUGCCUAGAAAGUUGGAUUUCAGUAGCAUGGAUGAUGAUGAUGGUAUACGGGAUGCAUCUCCAGCACCCGUGUCUCACAGUCCCCCAUAUAAAAGAGUUAGGGCUUUGAGGCUGUUCGACAGUCCUCACACGCCCAAGACCCUGCUGGAGAAGUGCUCUACUCCAUCGCACCCUCCGCCGAGGUCGAGACUUUUCCCGCCAAAAGUCACUGUCAGUGCGCCCACAGGUGUACCAUCGGGUUCCAGUCAUCACCUUCACCCACCAUCCGGUGAUGAUGACAGCGCGAUAGGCAGCUUACCACCUGAUGAGUUGGACGAUUCGCGAGCUCGACGACCUCUCGCCAACAUCAAUCCGUUUACACCAGAUGGGCAAGCAAUAAAUAAGAAGAAAAGAGCUUUGUCAAAAACACCAACAAUAUGGGGGGAGCCAUCACCCGAGCAUCCAGCUAAACGACUAAGGGAGUCGAACAUCUCGCGGUACAACGUGGAGUUCCUGGAGCUGGACGUGGUGGGGCGGGGCGAGUUCGGUCGGGUGACGCGGUGCGUGAACAAGCUGGACGGGUGCGUGUACGCGCUGAAGCGGUCGCUGCGGCCCGUCGCCGGCUCGGCGGCCGAGCGCGCCGCGCUCACCGAGGUGUAUGCGCACGCGGCGCUCGGCAAGCACCCGCACGUCGUACGAUAUUACUCAGCGUGGGCGGAAGACGACCAUAUGAUCAUCCAGAACGAGUACUGCGACGGUGGUUCCCUGCAGCAGAUGAUGGAGAGUGGGCCACUACCAGAGAACGAGUUGCUUUUGGUGCUUGCACAUAUAGCCGAUGGUUUAGCGUACAUCCACGCGCUGCAGCUGGUGCACAUGGACGUGAAGCCGGGCAACAUCUUCGUGUGCCGCGGCGAGGGCGCCGCCAACGACUCGGACGACGGCUACGAGGACGAAGACUCGCCGCCGCGCCACCACCACUCCCACCAGUACAAGAUCGGUGACCUAGGACACGUCACGUGUGUCUCCUCUCCGACAGUGGAGGAAGGCGACUGUCGGUAUCUACCUAAGGAAGUUCUCCAGGAAGACUUCACGCAUCUAACCAAAGCCGACAUAUUUGCAUUUGGUUUAACACUAUAUGAAGCAGGUGGUGGUGGCCCAUUACCAAAGAAUGGUCAAGAAUGGCAUGAUAUAAGGGACGGCAAGCUACCCGACUUACCAAAUCUCUCCAGAGAAUUUAAUGACCUAUUAAAAAAAAUGGUUGACCCCGAUCCGGCACAACGUCCCUCCGCUGCUCGAUUAAAGAGACAUUCAUUACUUCAUCCUGCUGGGAAUAAAACCAAAUCACAGCUUAGAAGAGAACUCGCAGCCGCCCGCCUGAAGAACGAACUGCUUUCCAGGAAGUUGCAGGAGGCAGCUAGAUGCAUAAAAUCAUUAACGCCUAAUCUCGUCGCAAAUCAAGAGUCGGCCAAGUUUCGUACGAGGUCAGCGAAGCGUCUUCAAACGCCACGAGUCGAUUCCAAGAUCGCCGACAUCAUUCAAUCUGUGACGUCCCCCAGGAUAGACAAACGAACGGAGAGGAGGGGUAAGAAGUUCUAG